UUGACAUGUGCAAUUUGACUCUUGGGCCGGGCUGUAUGCAGUCCAUAGUUGCAUCCCCAAACACCCUCAGUUUACUCCAUGGGCUUGUGGACUUGUUUCCACCGCUCUCAAAUGCUCAGAUCCACACCUACCCGCGUGUAUCCCGAAUGCACCGGAGUACAGGAACGCCUGACAAGCUGACGUCGCCUAUGCACCGGCGACCUUGAGUAAGGAAAAGUCUACCUCGUCCUUUUCCCGAUGUCCUUCACCAGACGGUCUGAUCAGCGCACAAUCACGAUACCGAGCACUGUUGAUGAGUUCACGGCACGGUACUCAGAAACCGGAACACAGAGCAACCUGAGUUUCUAUGAUGCUUUCAUCCUCCCAGGUCAAGAGAAGCUGACCACCUCUGGGUCCGUCGUCAAAGCUCAAGCGCUACUUGCUUUCCGCGUGGUCCCGAUGCUGGGUCUUCACCCGAGGGAUGUUAUACCAGCCUGGGAGAAGAUACCCGUGUCUACUGAUCCCGAUUGUCGGGACAUGUUAAACAAGCUGUGCGCAGCCAGCUCAAUCGACUUGGGCUCUGUAUCGCUGAGCAGAAACAACGCGGAGAACCCCGAAUUGCACAAUCUCAUUCGUCUGAUGCAGUUGGAGCGCGACGUACCCGAUCCUUUCUUUCCUACGCCGCUCGACAUCGACGGAGCCACGACGUUUGCGCGGAAAUCCAUGUCCCAGUUCAUCACCAACCCUUUCCUGACAGUGUUUCUCUCCCUGCGAGAUCUGCGCGCGCGGAGACUGGCGGAGCACUACGAGGAUGUUCGUGACGGUGCCUCAGUCGCGACGAAGAGCGGCGUGACGGGCGAGAGCGACGAAGACAAGAACGAAGUGGCCAGCGAGGAAUUGCUCCAUCGUCUCAUGGACAUCGUGCUAGUAUACUAUUCGAGGAAGACAAAGGAUCAAGACUGGUUGCGAAGCACCGGGGCUCAACUACAGUUGAGCUGCUCUUUCACAUGCUCGCCGAAUGACCUAGAAGAAUUCCGUCGAAUACCCAAGCCUAAAGAAAACGGAAGGAUGGAGGAAGAAGGCCCUCGUCAACGCAGCAACUCAAAUCCAGACGACCUCGAGUCGGAAGCAAAUAAACAAGCGGUAAAGCAACUGGAACGGGACAAGAGAGCCAACCUGGACAAGGCCAGCACGAAUCGUGUGUUGUCGGACUUGCGCGUCAGACCAGCCAGACUGAAGCUACUCAGAACAGACAGCCGAGCGGAUCAAAUUCACUGCCAAAGAUGACGGUUACAUGUAUCUCGCUCGGGCUGGCAAGAAGUCGGGUGGCAAUCGUUUCUCCAAGAUCCCCGUGGUUCGAUAUGAGGCGAAACGAUUAGUUCUUCCGGGACUUCCCAUUUAUCGACAACGCGAAGCGCAGCUGACCAAAGAGCGGGAGUUUUUCAAGUCCGCAACCAGUCAGGCCAUUGAUGUGAAUGAAGGAGAAGAGAUGACGGAGGAAUUGCUCAAGCUGGUCGCUCAACAGUAUGCAGAGAUGCUAACGGGGAUAUACGUCAAUCUUCACUAUGCUGCCGACUACGACACCCGCGCGAGACUGGUUCCCUCAGAGAGUGAGGAUUCCAAGAAGAAGUCAACAAGGAAGAGAAGAGUCUCAAGUCGAUGCUCGACUCGAAGGGAAAGAAGGCUGCUGCGACGGCUGCUCCAGAUCCAAACUUCUUUGCGGAGGAAGUUGACGACUGUGAUGACCCUGAUAUGACGGGUCUGAAACCGAGAUGUUGUCCACCAAACCUGUCGAUAAGAAACAGGAUAAAAAGAGACCAAGACCAAGAUCAAGACCGAGACCGAGACCGAGACCGAGACCGAGACCGAGACC